AUCCUUUAAAAAUGUUACCUAACUCUUCGUCUAAACAUAAGGAUAAUAAGGACGAAAAAGAAUUAGAAAUAUCAGAGGUGCUGAAGAAAUGGUUAGAACCUAGGAUUGGUCCAAAAUUACAAAAAGGUCUAACGGUUGAACAAGCUUGGGAAGACAUCGUUAAAGACAUUGCAAUAAAGGCUUUAUCACCACUCUCCCUGAAUGUUUUUGCAAACGCACUCACCAGGUUAUCUAAUAUGGAUCACAGAGGCCGGCUAGCUUUGGUGGAAAAAUUGCUUACUAUUUCACCGACUCCUGAUUGUGCCACCGGUGCUAGGGCCGAUAGAAUUCGCGAAAUAAUGAUAGCAACACUAUCACCUCAGGACAAUCCUAAUGGAACCACCUCAAUUGAAAUCAAUCCUAAUCUAAUCGACGUUGCCGAAACUGUCUUGGCGCAAUCUCAUAGAGAUUGGAUAAAUACGCGUGAAGCGCUUUCGACGUUCCUUAAGGACUGCACUGCGAAAUUCAGCUCAGACCAUAAUGUAUACAUCAUAUAUCCGCACAUCCAUGAUAUUUCAAGGAAUUUGUUUUUCGAUAAGGAAAUGAGAACUAGCCUAGAAUACUUCUUUUCAUGUAUUCAAGACGUCGCCAACAAGAAAGGCAUCAAAUUUGCGGAUCUUAUUAAGCCCAAAGUAUUGGAUUGUGAAAAACAAACGUUCGAAGAACUUUUUUCUAAAUAUUUUCCAAAGGGAUUGAAUUUAUUAAAUGAGGAUCAGGUUGGGACCGAAGAAUAUGAAAAGAGUCGUCGAAUGCGUCUUAGAACACCGCUGGAACUUCGACCUCGAUGGCACAAUCAACAACACAUGAUGCUUUUGACAUUGCAAAACGCACCAAAUUAUACAAUGGCGCGUACAAAUCUCAUUGACGCAGCAUUGGCCUUAGAUGAAAAGAUAAGUGAUGAGACAGGCUUACCACGUUGUUUUACUGGUCAGACACCAAGGAAUUCCGCCAGCGCUUGUUUGACAACCAAUGCUGACAAAUAUUUUGUGCAAUUCAAAAAAGAUCGUUCACAAACAUCAUAUUACAAACUCUCGUUCAUACCUAAUGACAUGAAUGAUGCUAUCGAGCAUUACAACAGUUGGAUGGAUAGAUUGAUCGAAUAUGAUUGGCCUUUGUGUUUUGGAAAGGUUAAGAAAAAUAAACAAGGUGCAAACUUAAUAAAUAGCGGACGCGUAACUAUGUUAAGUGUCGGUGCGAGCAAUCCUUUACAUCUACGAUGCAGGCGUUGCGCACCAGAAACCUCUUGUGACAUAAAGCUACCAUCGUGCUCUAGAUGCAAAUCUCGAGGAUACCUUUGUAUUUACCCAUUGAGAGCUGAUGUAUGCAACGAACGACCGAAAAUAAGACUAAGGAUCAAGGAUUCAUCAAACCCCCAUAAUAUCGAUUCAGAAAAAGCUCACGUCGGAAUGAAAAGUAAGAGAAAGUUCAUAAUUGAUAAAUUCAAAGGAAGAAGGAUUGCCAAUGAUGAUCUUGACAGGACGGAUGAUAUUCCAUUUUCUCUUUCAGAAGAAACUUUAGCUGGCAUUGAUCUCACAGGUGUUCCCAGAAGUUUGGAUGAUGUGGUUGAAGUUCGAACGUCUAGCAUACCUAAUGCAGGCAAUGGUUUGUUCGCCAAACGUAAUCUUCCAAUGGCAACACCCCUGGGAUUCUAUUUUGGGGUUCCGAUGAUGGAAGAUGAGUUUGACCAGGUAAAGGAUAAGGUCGGAAGGGCUUCUCAUUAUUCAAUGAGAUACAAGCACACGAUUCUUGACGCAACCGACGAAAAUGGUGAACCUUUUACGGACCCAAAAGGUGUACCAUAUUGUCCUUUUCAUUUUAUGAAUGAGGACCCAUUUGGAAAUAUGGUGUUUUUAGAGGGCAAUGAAGUUAACCAAGUCAUAUGUUGGACCAAGCGAGACAUUAAGAAAGGAGAAGAAUUAUUCGUAUAUUACGGCGGUGAAGUUGACAGGGGGCACUGGGGCCAAGCCGAAGGUGCCGAAGAACCAGUUGCCUGCCAUGGGGACAGCGAAGAGGAUGACAUAGCGUUCAGUGAAACUGAUUUUGAAGAUGACGAAGUGUUAUUUGAUGAUAACGAACAAGAGGAGGAAGACCCAGGUACACCGAUUAAUGGAAAAAGGAAAGCACCAAGCAGUGCCCAAGAUACUUGGGAAAAUGUAUUGCCUCUGAAAAAGAGAGGAAAGGGAGAUGCCACGAGCGAACAAGAUUCGUCCGCAGAUUUCGAAGAGACGAUAGGUCAAUCCGAGGAUCCAACAUCAAUAAAACAGGAAGGGCCUAAUGGGACAAAAGAAAUCGGGGAAGAUUCGAGCGAGGAUCUGCUUGAAGAAAGAUCGGGUGCCGUUUCAGAUUCGUCUACAACAAAAAAAAAGAUAGAAAGGUUAAACGGAAAAGAAGCUGAACAUGCAUCCGAUGUUCCAAGUGUAGAAGACGAAACUGUAAAGAAGGGAAGGACCAGUAGGUUAAAGAAGAAUAAUUAUGAGGACGAUUCAGCUGAUGCGGAUUCUGAGCAGGUUGUGAGUUUGUCAUCCUCGAAAAAGAGGAUGAUAGGGAAAAGACGACGACGAUAA